AUGGCCGACUUUGACGUAAUUCCCCGGGACCAUCUCAUGUUCAACCAUGCUGUGCCUCUUCAUGUGGCCACCAACCACGUCCUUCUCAUCACCGAUUGUCUACAACUUCCUGUCGAAUUGCAAGACGGUGUUUCAAAGAUCAUGAAAUAUGCUCCGCAUAAGAACUUUGUUGACGAAGGUGCUAUGCAAGAUAAUGGGGCUGAAUACCGUUGGCACUUGAGCUUCGGAUACGAUCAAGAAUUGCGUCCUGGACAAUUGGUGGUGACGAGCAAUUACUCGAGUUACAAGGAUAUUGCUACUGGAGAUCGCUUUGAGGUCUAUGUGCGGUAUCAUCGCAAAUUGGAAGCAUUUCGUGCCAUUGGACGGUUGCUAGGUGCUGCAAGGGAUCUGCUGGUACUCACAGAUGAUCAUGGUCCAUUGGUCAACUUUUCAGAGCAGGCACAAUUCGAUACACAGGGUGUCAUGGUGGAUUGCAGUAGAAACGGUGUGCUACGUCUUGAGAGUGUCAACACGUUAUUAUGCAAUAUGGCUCUCAUGGGAUUAUCCAUGCUUCAACUAUAUACCGAGGAUACAUAUGAAGUGGAAGGAGAACCAUUGUUUGGUUACUUGCGAGGCCGCUACAGCCAACGAGAACUAGCGACCAUAGAUGAUUUUGCCUUUGAUUUGGGCAUCGAAGUCAUACCAUGCAUUCAGACAUUGGGUCACUUGGGUCAAAUCUUGCAAUGGCCGCAUUACGCUCAUCUCCGCGACAACACCGAAGUGCUUUUAGCUGAAGCAGAGACCACCUAUGAAUUCAUUGAGAAGUUGAUCAAGGCUGCAGCUGGACCAUUCCGCUCAAAGAGAAUCCAUCUCGGUAUGGAUGAGGCACAUGGUCUUGGAGAUGGACGUUAUCGUCAAAUCUUUGGUUACAAGGAACCCACGCGCAUCUUUGUGGAGCAUUUACAACGGGUGAAUGAGAUCUGCACACGAUUGGGCUUGCAGCCGAUGAUAUGGUCAGAUACUGCAAAGAACAAUACUUUACAAGGCUACUAUGAUGAAAACAACAAUCCAGCGGAAGCCCCCGAGCUCGUGGAAAGCAUGCCACCCAAUAUGGAAUUGGUGUUUUGGGAUUAUUAUCACACAAGCCCUGAUAUCUAUGCACAAAAGUUGCAGCAGCAUCGAGAGUUAGGAUGUCAACAACCUUGGAUCGCAUCUGGCGCAUGGACAUGGAGCCGAUUCUGGACAGGACUUCCAUUUACAUUUGAAUCGGUGCGUGCGAGCACAAUAGCGGCCAAACACAAGGACAAUGGCGUACGUAACGUCUUCAUAACCAUUUGGGGUGACGAAGGCAACGAGUGUGACAUCUUUUCAUCUUUCCCAGCCCUUUGCUAUUAUGCAGAACAUGGUUACACUGAUCAAGAUGAAGUCAACAUCCCUCUCUUAAAGCGCAACUUUGAAGGUAUUUGUGGAGCGAGUUUCGAUGACUGGGUGUUUGCCUCCAAGAUUGAUGAUACGCCUUCCGGCAAUCCGAUCACGAUUCGUACACACUAUGUUCCUAAUAUAAGCAAAUGGUUAUUGUGGGAAGACCCUUUCCUGAGUUUUCUUUCUCCACAAUACGUCGACGAGGAUCUGGAAACACAUUAUGGCGCGAUCGCAGCUCACCUAUUUGAUGCCAUCGAGGAUAAGCGUGACACCCAUCCAUUCAAUUCACGAUUGGAACUUCCAGCAAGGUUGGCUAUGGUGUUAUCGCUAAAGUGUCAUUUACGUCAACGGCUUGUGGAGGCAUAUCGCAAUCGAGACUAUGAAAGAUUGUACGACCUUGCUCAGGGUAGGUUGACACGGCUGCGGGAGGAAGUGGAUCGGUUGUGGCGAUGCCAUCGUAGCCUGUGGAUGAAAAUGAACAAGCCAUUUGGUUGGGAAACCUUGGAGUUGCGUUAUGGAGGAUUGCGUGCAAGGUUGGAGACCAUGUACGACCAUAUCAUUGCUCAUGUGCAGUGUAUGUUGGUGCGAAAGGAACAACAGCAACAACAACAUCAAAACAUGGGAGGAGAGGAGAACAACAAUGGAAACGGUCAAGAAAGACGUCGUUCGUCCUCAGUGGCCGAAGAGUUGCUGGAUGAGGAAAAUGUUCAUUGGCGAAUUCCAGAGUUUGAUGCGGAUUUAGAGUGCUUGUUUUAUGGUUCACGUACCAACUUGUUGCUGGAUUAUGCUAGAGUAGCUACACCUUCACGCCCUGGUUAA